CGCCCCCCUGGGCUGAGGCUGCAGUUGAGAGCCGCCUGAGAACCACGCGGAUCACAGAGGCCUGGCCAUGGCGAUAACCCUGGGAAAGGGGAAAUUCCUGUGGCAACAUUUUACUGACCCGGAAGUAACCUUGUGGCCACAAAAAAACUCUGCUCUUGGUGAUUACAUGCAAAGUAAUGAGACCAAUUUAAUAGAACAAGCCCCAAUACCUCAGGAUGGACCUACUGUGGCACCUCAUAGAGCUCAGCGAGAAGCUGUGCACAUUGAGAAGAUAAUAUUGAAAGGAGUCCAGAAAAAAAGGGCUGACAAAUAUUGGGAGUACACUUUCAAAGUAAAUUGGUCUGAUCUUUCAGUCACAACAGUAACAAAAACCCACCAAGAACUACAGGAGUUUCUACUGAAGCUUCCAAAGGAAUUGUCUUCAGAGACUUUUGACCAGACCAUCUUAAGAGCCCUGAAUCAGGGUUCCCUGAAAAGGGAGGAGCGGCGUCACUCUGACCUGGAGCCCAUCCUAAGGCAGCUAUUUUCAACUUCAUCACAAGCUUUCCUACAGAGUCAGAAAGUACACAGCUUUUUUCGGUCUAUAUCAUCUGAUUCUCUACACAGUCUCAAUAACUUACAGUCUUCUCUCAAAACUUCUAAGAUAUUAGAACAUUUAAAAGAAGACAGCUCAGAAGCUUCAAGUCAAGAAGAAGAUAUGUUACAGCAUACCAUAAUCCACAAGAAACAUACUGGGAAAAGUCCCAUUGUGAACAAUAUUGGUACGAGCUGUUCUCCAUUAGAUGGGCUUACCGUGCAAUAUUCUGAACAGAAUGGAAUUGUGAAUUGGAGGAAGCAAAACUGCACCGCCAUUCAGCAUGCAGAGCACUGUAUGACCUUGGCUGACCAGCAUCCUGCUGAAAAACGGAGCUUAUCUUCAAUAAAUAAGAAGAAAGGAAAGCCACAAAUGGAAAAGGAGAAAAUUAAGAAAACUGACAACAGACUGAAUAGUAGAAUAAAUGGUAUUAGACUCUCCACUCCUCAACAUACCCAUGGUGGUACAGUGAAAGAUGUGAAUUUGGACAUUGGAUCUGGACAUGACACGUGUGGAGAAACAUCUUCAGAGAGUUACAGUUCUCCGUCUAGUCCACGACAUGAUGGAAGAGAGAGUUUUGAAAGUGAAGAAGAGAAAGACAGAGACACAGACAGUAAUUCUGAGGAUUCUGGGAAUCCAUCAACAACCAGAUUUACAGGUUACAAUCCUGUCAACCAAACUGUCAAGCCACCUGUUCAAAUUACUUCACUAGGAAAUGAGAACGGAAACCUUUUAGAAGAUACUUUGAACUCACCCAAGUAUCCACAUAUUCCUUUUAUGCCAACUUUACACUGUGUCAUGCACAAUGGUGCCCAGAAGUCUGAAAUAGUUGUUCCGCCACCCAAAUCUGCAGAUAGCAAAACAAUAGGGAUGCUUGUUCCCAGUCCUGUUGCUAUUUCUGCGAUAAGGGAGUCCACAAAUUCAACCCCUGUUGGAAUUCUAGGGCCAACAGCUUCAAAUGGAGAAUCAGAAAAACACCUUGAAUUACUGGCUUCCCCUUUACCUAUCCCAUCAACUUUUCUUCCACACAGUAGCACUCCUGCCCUGCACCUAACAUUUCAGAGGUUAAAAUUGCCACCUCCACAGGGAUCUUCUGAGAGUUGCACAGUUAAUAUCCCACAACAGCCAACCGGAAGUCUGAGCAUUGGAUCACCAAACACUGCCUUUAUUCCUGUUCAUAACCCAGGUAGUUUUCCAGGAUCUCCUGUGGCUACCACGGAUCCCAUCACAAAAUCUGCAUCCCAAGUGGUAGGACUAAAUCAAAUGGUGCCUCAAAUUGAGGGAAACACAGGGACAGUCCCUCAGCCUACCAAUGUGAAGGUUGUUCUUCCAGCAGCUGGCCUCUCAGUUGCACAGCCACCAGCUUCCUACACCUUACCAGGCUCUCCUCUUGCUGCCAGUGUGUUACCCACCCAGAAUUCCAGUGUGCUCAACACAGCAGCCACUUCUGCACAGCCAGCAAGUGCAGGCAUCAGUCAGGCCCAGUCCACUGUUCCUCCUGCAGUUCCUACCCAUACCCCAGGUCCUGCCCCAAGCCCAAGUCCUGCUUUGACACACAGUACUGCACAGAGUGACAGCACAUCUUAUAUCAGUGCUGUGGGGAAUACGAGUGCUAAUGGGACAAUAGUGCCACCACAGCAGAUGGGCUCAGGUCCUUGUGGUUCUUGCGGGCGAAGGUGCAGCUGUGGGAGCAAUGGAAACCUUCAGCUAAAUAGUUACUAUUAUCCCAGUCCAAUGCCUGGACCAAUGUACCGAGUCCCGUCGUUCUUCACUCUGCCAUCCAUUUGCAAUGGCAGCUACCUCAACCAAGCACAUCAGAGCAAUGGAAACCAACUUCCUUUUUUUCUGCCUCAGACUCCAUAUGCAAAUGGACUGGUGCAUGAUCCAGUCAUGGGGAGCCAAGCCAGCUAUGGCAUGCAACAGAUGGCAGGAUUUGGGAGAUUCUAUCCUGUAUAUCCAGCACCUAAUGUAGUUGCCAACACCAGUGGUUCAGGGCCCAAGAAGAAUGGGAAUGUCUCAUGUUACAAUUGUGGUGUAAGCGGACAUUAUGCACAGGACUGUAAGCAGUCAUCCAUGGAGGCCAAUCAACAAGGCACUUACAGACUGAGAUACGCACCUCCCCUCCCCCCUUCUAAUGAUACGUUGGAUUCUGCAGACUGAAACGAGUAAAGCUUGCCUACUUAAUACACUCAAGUGUGGGGAGUCAUGGGGUGUGGAGGGGAGGAAAGGAAAGGUAUUUUGUUUGUUUCUUUGUCUAUACAUUUCCUAGAUUUCUAUGCAGUUGGGAGUUUUUAUUUCUCUUGUACCAAUGUCCAAAAUAAGAAAGAAUGCGAUGCUUCUUGAGCCUCUAGUCUCCUGGUUCAACAACAGGCUUAUAUGUAUGAUACAUGUAAUUUAAAUUUCCAGACAAACUUAUCAAAAGGAAAAUGUUGAUGUGUGCUUUUUUUUUUAAACACUGAAUACUUGCUGUGUGCAAUGUUUACUGAAUCUUUAAAACUGUGUAUUUGACCUUUUUUUUUAACAACACUGGUGACAGUCAUAUGGUUUUGAAAAUGAGAAACCGCUUCUUCCCCAGCUUUUUCACUUUGACCCUGUAAUACACUUUUCUCUCCAGCCACUCACACCCUAUCUGUGGCCUGCUGUGAGAGUGCCCAGCAGUGUAAUUGUCUGCACUUCUGUAUACUGCUCUGCACAUAAACCAAGGGCAGAAUGUUUCAUCUUAAUCUCAUGGGAGAAAUCAGAUCCCCAAGAUAGUAUGUAUUUAUGUAACAAACAGCAUCACGUAAGUACAUAUAUGCAGUGUUUCUUGUCCAAAUAAACAUGAAAAUAAGUGGGAGAGAGAGGAAGAAGUCAAACCAUAUGAAGCUGAAAAAAGUGACAUGAAAUGGACAAAAAGCUUUUUCUUGAAAAAACAAAACAAAAACACAAUUUUUUCCUUCCAUCAUACUUUUCUAGCCUGUUGCUUCAGAGAGACACAAAGUGAACACACUGGUGUGAAUGUCAUUCUCUGUGUGCUUGUGUUUGUGAUGAGAGUCGACAGUUCUAUUCGUCGUCUACCGCUUUGUCCUGCUCAAAAACACUACUUGAGUGUAAAGAUUUCUUCUUUUGCUACCAACUGUUACAGUGUUAUGUUGUGUUUAAAAUGUGUGUGGUUAUUGAACAGAAGCUGUGGGUUUCUACAAAAAGUCAGGUAUUUGUUUCCUAACCUGUCAUUCGUAGCAAAGUCACUUUUAUAACCGUUUACCACUAUGCUUGAUUAUAAUGUGAAAGACUGAAUUCUGAGUGUAAGAUGGUAUUAAUCAUGUCAGUGUCGUGUCACUAAAUUUAAUGCUGCUGUUUAAAAGAAAAAGUUUUUAAAAGCCAAUCUAUGUACUAAAUUUCUUCCAGGUAAUUUUUGAUUUCCUAAAGUGCACUGAGGUUAUCUGGAAGAUUGGGUGUAUUUUUUGGUGAUUGCUGCAUUGAACAGCAAUGAACAUCUACCACUGUAUAGUCAUAGGUUUAAGGGGCUCGGGGGGCUGUUUUCCCUUCCUCAAUACAGAGCAGAAAUGAUAGGUUUUUGUUGUGUGUAAUAAUGUUGGUGUGCUGCAGAGAAACUUAAAUAUUUGGUCUUGGUUGAGAAGCCUAACAGGUUACAUGACAAAAGAAAAAACUUGAAGAAAAAAUUAAAUUAAGCAAUUUAAUGCUUCAUAAGUAGCAUUUAUAUUUAUAGCACCAGUGUACAUUUUGAAACUUUCAGGGUGGGAGUUAAUGGGGAAGGGGAAGAAGAAGUUUAAAGGGGUAGAUAAAAGCUUUAAUUUAGAAAGAAAAAAAGUUUUGAGUAAAGGAAAUUAUUUUGAUUAAAUAUAUUUUAUUUGGGUAUUUUUGGACCACAUUAAAUCAAUUGUUAAGCUGCAGUUGAGUUAUUCAGGUGAGAAUGUUGAUAAGCCACGUAUGAGCGCAUUGUGACUCACUUGCCAGUUGUACUUUAUGGAGCUUAUUUUAUGAUUUAAAAUACUGUACUGUACAUAGGAGGUAUGUUACCUUCUCCUUAUUUGUAUGUUUACCAUAUACUUUGAUAUUUGAAAUGUUAUGUACUGGAAAGGCCACUUAUAUUUCUAGAACAGAUUGGAUUUUAUGCAACCUUUUUUCCUUGAAUUAACAGCAAUAAAAAAAUGAAAAAAAAAACAGCUUAAGAAUUGUGCCUUAUUGCAAAUUUUGUAAAAAUGGAAGAUAGGAUAUCAUUAAGUGUCACCCUGUUUCUCUAGUGUGGGCAGUGAAUUCCAAAGUCAGUCACCAUCUGGGUAGUCUUCAGUUUUUCCCCUAAAUUGCCUUACUAUAUCAGUAGUUUGUGACCACCAAGAAGGAAGGCUUUAUUUCUGUCUGUUGAGCAUACACAGUGUGCCAAAACUACAGUGGAAAUAGGACAAAGUCCUUGUUGACUUAGAGCUUAGGUUUCUGGUGUAGGCCCUCUCUUGUUGAAAGUGUUAAGGAUCCAAUUUACUUACCCAAUUUUUUUUAAAGCUGGACAAAUAUCUUGGUUCAGUACUGAGAAUCUUACAUUAUUGGCUCGCUCUUCUACUCUAGUAUCAGAUCAGAAGUCUUUUGAACCACCAGUAAUUUUCAAGACACUGGCAGGAAUCCAGCUGUUUUUGCUCAGCCCAAACCCUAUAGCAGUGACCCUGCCAAAGCAUUUAGCACAGUGAUGGAUCCUCCAAGAGGCCAGGUCCAUGGGCUCUGAAUUAUCUUCUGGAGCCAUCUAACAGAUGUGCUCACCAAAUCCCCCUUGAAUAGAUUAUAGAUGCUUUCCGUUUUAGCCAAUAAGUAUGCACCUAUAUAUAACGUGUGAAUCUUCAACCCACUUUCAGAUCAAAAUAAGUGAAAUGUCUCCAGUGUCCUCACCUGUCCCACUUCCUUUCUCCCCUCACUACACUGAAGUAAUUGUUCUAGAUCAUAUUUUUUUUUUCACAUCUUAUCCCCCCUCCUCCAAUACACAGCUUAGUUUUGCUUUUCUUGAGCAUUAUAAAAAGGAUAUCCUUCUGAACCUAGUCUUUCAGAACUGGCUCUGUUCAUCUGGUUUUAGGAUGCUGAUGUUAUGUUCCUCAGGUUAUUGUUUAGUACUUACGUUCUCUCAGUGUGGGAAGGAUACAUAGUUUUCCAUUCAGUCAACUUAUAUUUGGAGGGUUUUCAUUUUUUACUAAUAUGAGCAUGGCUGCUAGGAACAUUUUUGUACCAGUUUCCUGGUUCAUGUGUGCAAAUGUUUGCUAGGGUAUAUAUUCUAGUAGGAGUAUAAUCAAUCACUGGGCUAUAGGAUGUGCGAAGACUCAGUUUUACAAGACUUGCUAUGUUUUCCAAGUGACUUACACUUAUACACAGCAUACUAGAGACUCCUGAAUCUUUAUCUCAUAACACCCUUCCAAGAUGAUGAUGUAGAGCUGUCCAGAAGCAGAGGCCAAGGGAUGUGCAGUCGAGAUGUAAAGGCCUAGUGGGGGAGGUGAAUCUUGGGAGGCCAGGUGUAUGGUGUGGGCAGGGUUGAUGGUCACCAGCUGGGGAAGGGGUUGUAUAAUAGAAAAUGAAUAUAACAGGGACAGAAUUGGUGUUGUGUGGUUGGCAAGGUGGGAAAAUAGACCAAGAACAUUAAUAGUUAAGGAAACAUUUAAAGAGUUAUGAGAUUCAUGGGUACAGUAGAUAAAAUAGGGUCACAAUGGGGAAUUUGGAGUUGAUUGAAUGAAAAAUAGGAAGUUACCAAAUUUUUAAAAGAAAAAAUAACUUGGUUUUCAGGAAAUCAUUGAGUGAUUGAGAAAAAAAAGCAGGGAGGCGGUCCAGAAACUGGUUUUAGGGUUGGGCAAUGACAUACGCCAAAGUUCUGGCAGUGAGAGUGAGCAUGGACUUAAUGCAACCAGUUCCAGAAAGGAUGGGGGAGAGACGGAACCCUGUGCUUUAUGUUCCCUGGAUGUGGAAUGAGAUGGUUUAUUUUAAAUCAUGGCUAUAAAGAUUAAAUGAAAUAAUAGAUGGCACAGACUUGACUAAUAAAAUAGUACCAAGAAGACUCAAAUGUUGGAUUUUGAUAAACAGAAGGAUUGUGAUUCUGGUUUGAGAAGCAGGAAGAAUGUGUUAGCCCAGGAGUGAAAGUGAUAGUUCUUUGGGUGGUGAGGAACUUAGCAAACAGUUCACUGUAUUAGGAUUAGUUACUUCCCUUCCAUCCAUUGAUAAAAUGCCUGCCUGCCAAGAUUCUGUUUAGUCAGAAAGCUUACCCUUUGUAGGUAGGCAUAGGCUGUGCAUACGUGGCCAAGUCAUGUCGUCCAGUUACUUCAUACCAAAGUAAAAAAUAACCCCAUUUCAAAGCAAAUCCACAUUUAAAUAUUUUUUUGGCAUAAAUACUAAAAACCAAACUUUUCUGAGAAGGUUCCAGAAAGAUUAAAGUGCAGUGUAAAAUGUCUUUCUCUUUUU